AUGGCAAGACCGGGACCGGACGAAAUAUCAGCUGAAAUAUACAAAUUAAUAACUACAGAGAGGGCACUACAGGCAAUGACAGAAUUUUUCAAUAGUAUGUAUGACAGUGGUCAGAUGCCAAGCGACUGGCUGAACUCGGUGGUUCAUACUAGGAUAAACAAGAAGUGUGAAGAGUAUUUGAGCAAGACGCAGUUUGGAUUCCGAAAUGGCUUCGGUACUAGAGAAGCUCUGUUUGGCAUCAAUGUUCUUAUUCAGAGAUGUCGCGAUAUAUCCGUGGACAUAUACGCUUGCUUUACAGACUUUCAAAAAAUCUUUGAUCGUAUCAAACAUGAUAAACUAAUGAAGAUACUUGGAGAAAUUGGGCUAGAUGCAAAAGAUAUUCGCAUUACAAAAAAUUUUUACUGGAAUCAAACCGCUGUGAUCAGAAACAUCAUACAGGAGAAGAUAGCGGGAAAGAGAGGCCUAGGCAUCAGAAAAAUAUCAUGGUUGAAAAAUCUGCGUAAUUGGUACGGCGUUAGCACGGGUAUACUUUUUCGUGUGGCGGUCGAUAAGGUGCGAAUAGUCAUGAUGGUCACCAACGUUCUGAAAGAACAUG